GGAUAGGGAAAGGAUGUGAGGCAAAGUGCUGGCUGGGAGCCGGGAGGAUGCAAUGGCGGCUGGCAGAGGAGCUGUGGCACUGACUGCGAGCCAUGGAGACAGCCCUGCCGCGCACCCCUCGCUAGCUUGGGGACAGCAGUGGGCACUGACGGGUACCAGGAGCCCGGUGGCAGCAGUGCACCAGCUCCGGAGCUCCUCCAGGCACCCAGCGCUGCUCCGGCUCCGCUUCCCGGUGCGGGGGAUCCGGCUCUGGAUGUGAGGGAUCGGUGUCCGCAAGGGUUCAGCGCCGCCGGUCGCUGCGUGCGGCUUUCCUCGGGGUCAGCGCCGUGUGAUAAGAUUUCGGAGCCCUGCUCCGAGCCGUCUCCUGGUUCCUCUCGGCUGCCUGGGUACCACCAUGCUUCCUCGCUGGGCAAAGCAUCCCUUUGGAGCUUCCCCUAGAGCCGUGCCGAGGCUGCGGGAGCAGGAGAGACCCGCCGAGCCCGGGGACUACAGGCUGACUCCGUUGCUCGUGGAUCCCGAGAGGACGAGCACCCACAUGAUCUCGGCGGACGAUGCCGAGUACCCGCGGGAAUACCGGACCCUGGGCAACGGCACCCGGCGCUUCUCCAAUGUAGGGCUGGUGCACACCUCGGAGCGCCGGCACACCGUCAUCGCUGCCCAGAGCCUGGAGGCCCUCACCGGCCUCCAGAAGUCGGAGAUGGAGCGCAAGAGGGAUGCAUUCAUGGACCACCUGAAGAACAAGUACCCACAGCAUGCACUGGCGCUCCGGGGGCAGCAGGAACGUAUGCGGGACCAGCAACCCAACUACUGGAGCUUUAAGACAAGGAGCUCCCGGCACUCCCAGGGCUCCCAGCCUGGCUUGGCCGAUCAAGCCAAACUCUCCUUCGCCUCGGCCGAAUCCCUGGAAACCAUGUCGGAAGCGGAGCUGCCCCUGGGGUUCAACAGGAUGAACCGGUUCCGGCAGAGCUUGCCCUUGUCCCGCUCCACCAGCCAGACCAAGCUGCGAUCACCAGGGGUCCUGUUCCUGCAGUUUGGGGACGAGACGAGGCGCGUCCACAUCACCCACGAGAUCAGCAGCAUGGACACCCUGCACGCCCUCAUUGUGCACAUGUUCCCCCAGAAGCUCACCAUGGGGAUGCUGAAGUCUCCCAACACGGCCAUCCUCAUCAAGGACGAGUCGCGCAAUGUCUUCUAUGAGCUGGAGGAUGUCCGGGACAUCCAGGACAGAAGUAUCAUCAAGAUCUAUCGGAAGGAGCCUCUCUACGCUUCGUUCCCAGCCUCCCACAUCACCAACGGUGACUUGAGGCGGGAGAUGGUGUACACAUCCAGGGAAUCCUCUCCCACCCGCCGGCUCAACAACAUGUCCCCGGCUUCCCACCUCGCCUCGGGCUCCCCUCCACCGGUGCUCCAGUCCUCGUCUCCAUCCCGCUCCCGCAUGUCCUACAGCGGCGGCCGCCCGCCCUCCUAUGCCGGCAGCCCCGUCCAUCACAGCGAGCGCCUUUCCAACCUGCCACCGGCGCAGGGCGUCUCACCCAGCCCCAGCGCCAUCCUGGAGCGCCGGGAUGUGAAACCGGACGAGGACUUAGCCGGGAAGAACGUGGUGCUGAUGAAGAACGAGGGGCUCUACGCCGAUCCCUACGGCAUGGUGCACGAGGGACGGCUCAGCAUCACCUCCACGCAGUCCUUGGCUGGCAUGGGAGACCCUUUUGGCUACUCGGGGGGGCUGUACAAGCGCGGCUCCGUGCGUUCCCUCAGCACCUACUCAGCGGCCGCCCUGCAGACGGAGCUGGAGGACAACCUCUACAAGCCCAAUGCCCCCAUGUACAGCGACACGUACGGCCCCGGUCUGGGUUUCCGCAUGCCUCCAUCCUCCCCGCAGAAGAUGGCUGAUGGGCGGUUGGUGGAUGUGCAGCCGGGGCAGAGCCCGCACAGCCCCUACUCGGGACCCCCCAGCCGCUCCUCUCCUGUCCGGCAGUCCUUCCGCAAGGAUUCCUGCUCCUCCGUCUUCAUGGAGAGCCCUGUGAACAAGCCGCGCAACCCCAGCUCUUCCGGCCCUCCGGAGCUCUUUCCUGGCCCUGGGGAUCGCCCGUUGUCGGGGUUUGGCUCCCCUGGACCAGCUAAAGACACGGAGACAAGAGAGCGCAUGGAGGCGAUGGAGAAGCAGAUCGCCAGCCUGACGGGGCUGGUGCAGAGCGCGCUGCUCCGCGGCUCCGAGGCUGAGACCCCCAGUGAGAAGACAGAAGCCACCAAUGGCGGGACCCCCCCAUCAGCGUCAACCAGCCGCAGCAGCAUGGGGACACCAGUGCCUGCACCACCACCACCCUCCGCCACCAGCACCCCUGCAGGGCAGCCCACGGCCAUCACCCGCUUGCACAUGCAGCUGCACCUCCACGACCUGCAGCAGAACGCCAGCGACCUCCGCAACCAGCUCCAGCAGCUCAAGAAGCUGCAGCUGCAGAACCAGGAGAUGGUGAAGACGAUGCUGCGGCGGACGGAGACGGAGAUCAGCGUGCGGGUGACGGACACCAUGCGCAAGCACGAGGACCCGCUGCAGCGCCAGCGCAGCUUGGUGGAAGAGGAACGGCUCCGCUACCUCAACGAGGAGGAGCUCAUCACCCAGCAGCUCAAUGACCUGGAGAAGUCAGUGGAGAAGAUCCAGAAGGAUUUGACCCACAACCACUGGCUCAUCCCUGUGCAGGAGCUGGAGGAGAAGGCAGUGGUGCUCAAGCAGCUGGGGGAGACGCUGACAGACCUGAAGGCCCAGUUCCCCAGCCUGCAGAGCAAGAUGCGGGUGGUGCUGCGGGUGGAGGUGGAAGCUGUCAAGUUCCUCAAGGAGGAGCCGAACCGCCUCGAUGGGCUCCUCAAGCGCUGCAAGACGGUGACGGACACCCUCGCCCAGAUCCGUCGGCAAGUGGAUGAAGGCGUCUGGACGUCCCCCAGCAACCUCAGCCAGUCCCCCAAGAAAGUGGCCCCCGAGACAGACUUCAGCAAGGGGUUGGAUUUGGAGAUGCCCACCAGCCCCCCCGUCAGCCUCCACCAUCUGACGGCCGCCACUGAGACCUUGGGCAUGCCCGGCUUUGGGCACAGCUCCCCCCAACCCCAAAGCCAUCCCUCCAAGAGUAACAACCCUUCCCGAGCGCCGGAGAUGGUGCCAGCCAAGACCCAGACGGGCCCUGAGACCCCCAGCAAGAAGAGCGCGGACAAAGCUGUAUCCGUGGAGGCUGCUGAGCGGGACUGGGAGGAGAAGCGAGCGGCGCUGACCCAGUACAGCGCCAAGGACAUCAACCGCCUCCUGGAGGAGACCCAAGCCGAGCUCAUGAAGGCCAUUCCCGACCUGGAAUUCGCUGCCAAGCACAAGCAAGCCCCAGGCAGCGGCAGCACCGCAUCCACCCCCGAGCACAAACCCUCCAAGCCGCAGCACGCACCCAAAUCGGGGGGCAAAGGAGACCCCAACGGCCGCAGGGGCUCAGACGAACUGACGGUGCCGCGGUACCGGACCGAGAAACCAUCCAAAUCGCCACCGCCUCCCCCUCCACGCCGCAGCUUCCCUUCGUCCCACGGGCUCACCACAACCCGCAGCGGCGAAGUCAUCGUCACCAGCAAGAAAGAGCCCGGGUUUAUAAAGAAGGCCGAAUCGGAGGAGCUGGAGACGCAGAAGCCGCAGGUGAAGCUGAGACGAACGGUGUCGGAGGUGGUGAGACCCGCGUCCACCCCCCCCAUCAUCGCCUCUGCCAUCAAAGACGACGACGACGAGGACCGCAUCAUUGCGGAGCUGGAGGUCUUUCAGAGGAGCUCUGCCUCCCCUUUCCUCCCCAAGCUCCGAUACGAUGCUGCCGUCUCCCCUGGGCACGCAGCCUUGUGGCCCAACGGAGCCUGCAUUGAAGGAUGGAAGGAGCCGGGGAGCAGGCCCUUCUCCCUCCCGCAGAUCGUGCUCACCCAGUGGGUGUCAGAACCACCGUCCCCCGAAGCCGAAGCGGAGGUUUGGGUGGCAAAAGGCAGCUCGGCGAAUGGGGACCUGGCUGGCCCCAUAGGAGCAGGAGGGGUGGGAAGGAAAUGCCAGGAGUCCACUGGCAUCUCCAGUCCUGGGGACCCUCCAGGCUCAGCCCCGCAGCCCCUGAGCAGCCCAUCCAAGUCCAUCCGAGCCCAUAGCAUGGGCCGUGCCCAUGGAGCAGGAGAGACCUGGAGGUCCCCUCUAUCAGCCAGCAAGGUCCUGCCUUUCUCAAGGCAUAAAAUGAGCUGCCCCGUGGUGGGAGAAGGAGGAGAUGCUGCUCUGGAUGCCUCCAGCAAGCAAGAAGGCAGCAGCAAGACUUCCCACCGAGGUUCCUUGGCUGCACAUCCCCAGCGAGAAACAAUGGGUCCUAGAGCUGGAAAAGCAUCGCUCCCCUCCACCAGUGCAGGCAGCAGGAGGCCCGGUGCUGUCCCCCAGCAUCCCAGUGAUGGGGACCCCCAAGUUGGAGCUGGGCAGAGCAAACAGAGGAUCUCAGUCCCACCUGGAGACUCGGCAUGGAUGGAGGACAACUCACCAGCCCCAGCCUGCCCAGUGCCACAUCCUGGAGCUUCCCCAAGCAGGGAUCCAGCCCCAUGGCGAAGUGGAUCAUCCCGGGCUGAGCUGUCCCAUGUCACAGCAUCACCGUACCGGGGUGGCACAGAGGAUGCUGGGGUUGGGAGGAAGGCAGCAGAGGGGGUCUCCAAAGGGCAGUUGUCCCCUCACUGCUCCAUGACUCCAUGCAGCAAGGAGAUCUAUGAAGGCACGUACCAGAGACUGGAUAGCCUGGAAGAAACCAUCCGUGAGCUGGAAAUAACCAUCAGUGAGAUCAGCAGCCACCCCGCAGUUGGAUCUCUAUUCCCUAAAGAACUGCUUGGACCAGCGGGAUCCAAGGAUGCCAGUGAGGAGACCAAGCGAGGUCUGGGGGAUCUCAAACACGGUACCUGUGAGGAUGGGACUAUCCUGGAUCUCAGUCAGGCCAGAGAUGAUGCUCCCGAGAGCCUGUCUCCAAGCAAGACCAAGCCACCUCUGCUACCCAAGCCACAGAGCGGUGGUGUCUCCAUCCCGGCCAUGAAGGUGGUGAACCCGGCAUCCCGGCUGAAGCAGAGCCAGCAGGGCAGCCCCGACAAAAGCAAGCACAUAAAGCAGCGGAUGGAGUACAUGCGGAUCCAGGGCCAGCAGCAGGCCGCUAGACCAUCUAAAGAGGCUAGUGAGACUUCCCCCACGGUCUCAGAAAAACCCGCAGCUGGCAGAACAUCCAUCCCCGUAUUGACUUCCUUUGGGGCAAGGAACUCCUCCAUCUCAUUCUGAGCAUCCUUGCCAGCUCAACCCAACUGCUCUCCUGCUCCUGGGGCCGGGCUUCUCUCUUCCUUGGGCUCCUCCUCCCUGGGACUUGUCUUCUUGAGGCACCUGGAGGGAUUCACCACCCGUCCCUCCUCUUUCUGUUUUAUAUCCAUGUCUUUGCUCCAAUGUGGCCGACCUCGUGUCUCGCCUCUGCUCCGCCUCGGCCCAACUUGUGUCUCGCCUCUGCUCCGCCUCGGCCCGACUUCUGUCUCCCAUCUCGCUCCUCAAUGGCCAACCAGCCACUUUCUGUUUCUCUCUCUCUCUCUUUCUCCUCCCUUUCCCUUUCCUUUUCCCUUUUCCUUUCGGUUCCUUUGGGUUGCUGUUGGUUUGGUUUUUUUCUCUGCCCUCCCCUCCCUUCCCACCCCACCGUUUUCUAUUUAUUUAAGAGCUCUCAGAGCUUCACUCCACCAGUUUCACCAGCUUCAAGCAAGGAGGACACCGGGCAGCACCCAACCCCGCUGCCCAUGCGAGCAGCACCCAUUCCACCCCGGAAAGGUGGGAAACAGCUGCCGAAGACACCCCUCCAUCC